AUGGACUCUAAACUUGCUGCUUUUCAAACGAGCGACACGAAGAAGCUCUAUGGUCUCACGGAUCGUUUUUUCAAAGAUGGAGUUUUCAACUGCUAUCUAACUUCACAGCAGUUUAAUCUGCUUGAUCUGAUCUUACACAGGUUCAAGGAUGCAAAAGCCCGGAUCAAACUAUGGGACGCUUUUAUCAACAACAAUCUUUUUCUAGAAUUUGAGCAGGGACCUAGCCUAGCAGACAAAGAAGUGGAGGAAAUGUCUUCCACCGGGGCAGAGGAAAUAUAUUUGAAACAAGGAACCAAGUCUACGAGGAAUCUCUGCGCUACAAUACGAUAUCUACUAUACGAAAAGGCUGUGGAUUACUAUUUCGGCGACGAAAAGAUGCAAGAUACAAGGUUUGCUGCCUUUGAUAUCUUGGAAGAGAGCGACGACGAGGACAACUUUGAGGAUGCCGAGGAGAAACCACUAUUUUCCCAAACCUCAUCAAAUAACGCUACAAGGAACGAAGAAGACGACUAUGAUGAUGACGAUGAGGACGAUGAAAAGCAACAAGAGCCGAAAGACAGCCGAAAUGGGUCCGAGAGCGACGUUGUCGAAGUUAACGAUUCGACUGACAAAGACGCAACAUUGAAGGUGAGUAGAUAUCGUGAGGUACCGGAAGAAGGGGAGCUUGAAGAAAAUGAACAAGGCCAGCUCAAAUUUGUGGUCAACGUGCAGCUCUUGCUUGCACGGCCCGAAUUCCCAUCCAUCGCCGAUUCCAUUAGUUCGGCCGACGAAGCUAUUGGUUCGAUGGUGCAUCCAAUUUUGGGUACAGCAUCUGCUAUUGAAUCGAAUUUUGAAAGACAAAACGAGCUUAAACUUAUCAAAAAUUUCAACAAGGUGUACCACAGCUUUGAGAACGAUCUCCCCAACAUUGUGAAACGACGGAAGCUUGAGCGCAGCGACAAAGCCCUUGAGCUUAACGACACGAAAGAUCAUGGUAGCAGUGAUAACGAAAAUGGGGGAAACGACAACGAGGACUCUCAACACGUGAACAAGUUGAUGGGGCUUGGCGGCGCUGCCAAUCUAUCGCUCAAAAACCUUCUUGCACGGAUUGAAGAGAAUCGCGAUAAAUUGAAUCUCACAGAUUUGGAACUCAAAAAUUUGAUCAUGGACGUGCGGAAGAAUCGCUCAAAAUGGGCGAGCUACAACCGGAUAGGCCAGGAAGAGCUUUACGAGGCCUGUGAAAAAGUUGUUUUGGAACUGAGGGGCUAUACGGAGCACUCUAUUGCAUUCUUAAACCGAGUGUCUAAAAGAGAGGCACCAAAUUACUACCAAAUUAUCAAGAAGCCUAUGGACUUGAACACUGUGAUGAAAAAACUGAAGAAUUUUCAGUACAACAGCAAAGCCGAAUUUGUUGACGAUUUGAUGCUGAUCUGGAAGAACUGUCUGACUUACAAUUCAGAUCCCAACCACUUUCUAAGGGCAGAUGCUAUUGCCAUGCAAAAAAAGACGCUGUCUCUGAUACCACUCAUUCCCGACAUUGUGAUCAGAGACCGAGCGGAGGUGGAAAAAGAGGCAGCUGCAGCUGCACAACAAAAUGAAGCCGAGGACGCACAGGAGAAACCCGGUUUCAUUUCAAGCAGAGGUGUUGGCGGAUCAUCCACGAGCGCAAAAAAGGCUAAGAAAAGCAGAAAAGGAUUACAAGAGGCUGACCAUACCGAACCCCCUACGGCUUCCGACUCGCCUAUUGGUGAUAGCACUGGGAAGAAAGACGCAAAUACCUCGGCUGCUGACCAAACGGCAGAGCAGAACGAAAACGAAUUUAGCCAGCCUCAGGGUGCCAGUAAUCCGUCAAUCGAGCCAUCAAAUGCUUCGACACCACCUGUUUCUGCAGCAAGUGAAGAAAAGACAGGAGACAGGGAAGGAACAGCGAAUCCCGAAGAAGAUGAUAACGAAGAUGAUGCAACAGCUAUGAUGGAAGACAGACAGGCACAGGAGCAACAGAAUGACAGAAACGAGGACGACGAUAACGAAGACCUGGAAAUGUCCACCUGGAGAACUCUUACUUCCAACACGCGGUAUAAAUUAUGCCAGCAGAGAUCCAAUUUGUUCAAGGGUGGAAAAAUCCAACCGAACGAAGAAGCUUUACUAAGAGACCCCCUUCAAAUAUCCAACUUCAGCAACUAUCUUGACGACUCCUCCAAAGUUGUACUCCACAGAAAUCGGCAGUGUUUUGACGAAAAUGAUGAUCCCUAUCUGAUUGAGUACGACAUUUGCGGAGGUAUUCCAUCUUUGAAGUAUAAAGGGCCUGACUAUGAUGCUAUAGAGAACGAUAUUUUUUCAGAUAUGAUGAAACAAGGCAAGUCGUUGGAUCAGCUCCCAGAGUCGCCGUUUUCCAUCAAGAUGAAGGGCAGCAACUCAGUGAUCUACAAAAACAUUGCUUUGAUGCAGGAUAUCAGAAAAGUGUGUUUUAAGAUCAACAUUGUUCGGCAGAUGCAAACAUCGCAAUUCAUACACCAGUCUCAGUACCAUGCUCCUGAUAUAGAGCGAAUUAAACCUGAAGACAUUGACCCACUGUCGAAGUUGCCUACGAGAGACCAGCUUGUGCCCCAGGUUGCUUACGCCGCGCUCGAGCGGUCUGUGAGCACCAUUCUCAUGGCCAACGGUUUUGAGACCACAAACCCUACUUGCGUGACAACAGUCACUCAACUCGCGGAGCAGUAUUUUGGUAAUCUCGUCAAGUCGCUCAAAAUGAACAUGGAAUCCAACUCCAUCAACAAACUUCCCUUGAAAAGCAAGAGGCCGAUGAGUUUGAAAGAUAUUCUUCUCAUUUCACUUCAGGAAAAUGGUAUCGAAAAGCCUGACGUCUUGUAUUCUCAUUACAAGGAGCAUUUGACCAAGCAGAAUAAGAAACUGACUGACCUCAAAUACAAGCUUGAAGGGUUCCUCAGAGACUUACUGCGACCAGGAAUCCAAGAGAUAACCGAAAACCAGUUUACCGACGAUUCGGAACAAUUUCUUAAUGGUGAUUUCUCCAACGAGAUUGGGGAAGACUUCUUCGGCUUCAAGGAGCUCGGACUUGAUAAAGAGUUUAAUCUACUUACAUCCACCAUUCCUCUCCAUUUGCUUCACUCCAAGCUGUCGAACCAACUCAGCCAUCUCGACUCUAAAUCGAAAAAAGCUAAGUACGAAGAUUUCCAGGAGGUCCAAUUCCCCAAGUUGCGCAAGCGGGACUUGGCGUCGCAAAUUGGUCUUUUAAGACCUUUCUACGAGGACCUGUUGUCCAAGUCAAGAGCAGCCUAUGCUAAACAGCUGAAGAAACACAGACAAUCAUUGGGAUUUACUGAUCCAGAGGGUUUGCCUGCUGCUUCCAAUGGCACCCCGAAAGCCCCAGAAAGCGGUUCUGCUCCAAAUGGAGGCGAGUCGUCAUCCACUUUCGUGGAAAUUGAGGAUCCUGAGGAUUUGGUGAUUUUGGAGGACGAUGACUUGCCAUUGAAACAGCGCAACCAUCGUCCGAAGGUUCCUCCGAACGGAAGAAUUACACAGGUAAAGCGUAAGCUUAUCAACAACGCAUUUUUCCUGGAAGCUCAAGAUUUAAGGGAGCAACAGCCACAAAUCACCAUAGCAGAUCCGCAAACAAGCACAACUGAGAACGCUGAGACCAAGGUAGGUAACCCAGAAAUCGCCAAAACCACCGAGGAGAUCCCUGACGUCCAGCCAGCUGCUUAGCAUUAUGCAACCAUAUAUGUUUCGUUUAGGAGUUGUCUUAAUAUACAAUGUACCAUACUGAAGCACUAGAAAUGUAUAUCCUCUCCUCUGAAAUAUUGAACGAUCAAGUAAAUGUUCAAAAAGCCUAUCGUUCCCCAGGUGAGAAAUGCCAGUACGUUUGUUAUAGCCGAAUUCGAGAAGUCCUUGAAGGCUUCACCCUUGCGUGCAGGUAUCAAUAGAGAAGUUUCAGUUGGCGUAUCGUUCUCUAGAUCUUGUGGCUGCUGCACUUGCACCUUCACCUUCAUGAUAUUCUUGUUGCUGGUGAAGUACAACAAGGGAGCUGAUACAAAGGGUAGGAUCAGGGACAAUAUAACCUGCGACAGAUUGAGUAUGGUUGCAAUGCCUUCUCUGCCCAUGAAUAAGGCCAUUGCCAUACAGGGCACGAUUGCAAUUGACCUCGUAACAAUUCUCCUAUAAAAUGGGUUGAGCUUCCAUUCAAGACAUCCUUCUGCAACAAGUGCACCCGACAUGGUGCAGAUGAUCCCUGCCGCAAUGGAGGAGAAGAGCAUGGCAAUUGCAAAAAUAAGUCCUGCUGUUUUUGAAACGUAAUGGCUCAGCAGCUCAUAAAUGCUAAUUAAGUCAGCAUCCAUGGCCUCGGGUUUAUUAAAAAGAGCUGCCGCCGAGACGAUUAGUAUUGCAGAAUUGAUGAAGACGGCCACGAUGCACAGAGAACAGACCAACUCGGCGUAAGAAUAAUUUAAGCAGUAAUCUAUAGCUGCAAGCGACGGUCUAUAGGUGUCUUCAUUGGCGUCCUGUACAACGCUUUGCACCUGCAAGGGGCCUGCAUCUUUUUGAUUUGAGGUGUCAAACUCUCUGAGUCUUGGCUUCACGAGACUUGACCCAAGGUACAAGGAGUGCGGCAUCACGGUAGCACCAAUUAUUCCCAGUGCCAGGUAUAUUGACUCCUUAGAAGUGAAAAGCUGUUUCGACGGAAGAAAUCCUUCGAGUAGUUCGCGUUUGUUUGGGAUUUCCACCUUGUUCAUUAGAACUAUGAAGCACGCAAAUGCUGCGAGGACCAAAAAGGACACAAAGAACUCAAAUUUGCGGAUUUCCUUGAGAGAGCCGUCCGGAUUGUACGCUAAUAAUAUCACCAGAACAUCAAAGAUGGUCAGGAGCACGCCGACUUUCAGCUCAAUCCCAAACAAAAUGUACAGCGCAAUAGCGGUGCCCACAAUUUCAGCUAAAUCUGUGAAUAUAAUUGCUAGCUCAGCCAGAACAUAAACCGUUAUAUUGAGCCAGCGUGGGAGAUGUUUGCGGCAGUUCUGUGCUAAAUCAAGUCCUGUCACCGUACCCAGCUUGAUACACAGACAUUGAAGGAUAAUGGCAAAAAUGUUGGACAGAAAGAUAAUGAACAGGUGAAUAUAGCCGAACUGAGCUCCGGCGUUGGUUGAAGUACUGUAAUUUCCAGGAUCUAUGUAUGCACAUGUAAUCAGUAGACCAGGCCCAAUGAAGCUGAUGAGUUUUCUCCAGUCUACCAUUGUAGAUAUGCAAUUGAGUGAUACGCUCGGUUCUUAAAUAG